UCCACUUUUGUCUCUACUAUCAUCUCGAUUGUAGUAUUGAAAAUGAGGGCCUUCAUCGUAUUACUUCUUGCCGUUGCGGCAUCCGCCAGACUGGCACCCCUUCUCACCCAGAGGAACCGUAUCCCAGGACGUUACAUCGUCAAGCUAAAGGAGGGAUACAGCGUUGAUGCUAGCAUCGCAUCUCUCGGUGAUGCUAAGAUCCUCUACAGGUUCAAGACUGUCUUCCCAGGAUUCGCUGCUCAGCUUUCUGACCGCCUCGUUCAAAGGCUCCAAAAGUCCGACGCCGUUGAGUACAUCGAAGAGGAUGGCGUAGUGGAAGCUAGCUCCAUUGCCUCAUGGGGUCUCGAUCGUAUUGAUCAGAUCAACCUCCCACUCGAUGACGUCUAUCAGCCAAUCGGUGACGGUAACGGCGUUGAUGUUUACGUCAUCGAUACCGGUAUCAAUAUCAACCACGAGGACUAUGCUGGUCGUUCUACCCUCGGUUUUGAUGCCUUUGGAAACACUGGUGCCGACUGCAACGGUCACGGAACUCAUUGCGCUGGAACCGUCGCUGGAACCCAGUAUGGUGUCGCUAAGGCAGCAAACAUCUUUGGAGUCCGUGUGUUGAACUGCAUGGGAUCCGGAUCCUGGUCCGGUGUCGUCGCUGGAUGUGAAUGGGUUGCUGAGAACGCUAACGGUCCCUCUGUCGCAUCCAUGUCACUCGGUGGUGGAGCUAGUACUACCGUCGAUGACGCUAUCCUAGUCAUGAUCGACGCCGGUAUCACCGUCGCUGUGGCUGCUGGAAACGACGAUGACGACGCUUGCAGCUACUCUCCUGCUCGUGCCGUACCCGCCAUCACUGUGGGCGCCACCGAUAGCAGUGAUGACCGUGCUUACUUCUCAAACUACGGUACCUGUGUGGAUAUCUUUGCUCCAGGUGUCUCCAUCACUUCUUCCUGGAUCGGAGGCUCCAGUGCCACAAACACCAUCAGCGGUACCUCCAUGGCCUGCCCACACGUUGCUGGUGCUGCAGCUGUCGUCCUUGGAAUCAAUGGAACCAUGAGUCCUACUGAGGUAACCAACACCCUCCUUACCAAGUCUAUCUCUGGUGCGGUAUCUGAUAUUGGAUCUGGAUCCCCCAACCUGCUCCUCUACGUGGGUGAGGGUAAUGGGGGUGGAUCUGCACCAGGACCAGUCGAUCCUGAAGACCCAAGUGGCCCAUCUGACCCAACCUGCGGCGGCUUCUUCAACGAGACCUCAGGCGUCUUCGCCAGCCCUAACUACCCAAAUGACUACGACAACAAUGAAGCAUGUGACUUCGUCUUUGCUGCUAAGGAAGGUGACGUCAUCAGUGUUGCUCUCUCCAACUUCGAAUUGGAGGGCUCAUCCACCUGUGCUUACGAUUCCCUUGCCAUCUACGACGGUGCUGACUCAUCCGCCCCUCUUAUAGGAGAAUAUUGCGGUAGUAGUAACCCUGGUCUUAUCGUCAGCAGUGGUAACAGCCUCUACAUGAGGUUCACUUCCGACGGUUCAGUCACCUAUCCAGGAUUUACUGGAGCUUUCCAGAUGGGGGAAGCACCAGAGCUGCCUACAGUUGGUGCUUGCGGAGACACUUUAAGCGAUGCUUCCGGUAUAUUGAUGUCACCAAACUAUCCAGAAGAAUACAGUAAUAGCGACGAGUGUACCUUUACUCUCAAGGGUCUGGCUGACGACACUGUCACUCUCACCUUCACCGAUUUCGACAUUGAAGACCACAGCACAUGCAGCUUUGAUGCCCUCGAGGUUUAUGAAGGUGUUGAUGCUUCCGGUCCGCUCCGUGCCAAGCUGUGUGGAUCCUCCACUCCCGGACCAAUCACAUCUACUACCAAUGCUCUCUUCGUCAAGUUUGUUACCGAUAGUUCAGUAACCCGUACUGGAUUCAGGGCUCUUGUCACCAUACAGUAAAACCUGAUUCACAGGAAUCACAUUUCUUAACUCUACCUCCGGUUUAUCAGAAUCAACCGCUUGCAUAACACUGUCAAGUACCACUCAUAGGUUAAGGGAAAGGAGAGAUGGAUUAAAUAUUCAAGAAAGGCUUGGCAAAUGUAUUGAAGCACUUGUACAUUACUCUGGGCAUUCACUUCAAUUAAGAAAUGAAAUACCUGUACUGCGAAAGAAAGGUCCUCAUCUUGACAAAGGAAUCUUUUUGUUCUCCCUGUCUGUCUCAAAAUGUUCAGAUUCCCUCUUGAUUUCUAUAUUUUCCUCUCUUCAUAGAUACAUUGCUCUUCAUGGUGCUGUCUCGAAUCCCUCCCAUCUAUAUUCCAUUCUCAAUACCAUUUUCUUUUGUUCACUGACUAUGUGGGGUAUAUUUGGUAAUUGUCUUGGGUAAACCCAAUAUCAUUUGUCCAAUAUGUGCAAUAAGUUCGUAUUUUGCCAUUUCAGUAUUAUGUUUGGUUGGGGAAUAUAAUAAUGCAAUAAAUACCUUUCUUCAAGUUU